GUAAUGAAUACGCCCCAGGUAUGCAGGUGGAGAUAAUUGUUGUUGGCGCAGAAAAAAAACAUCUGACACUCCAUCGGACUUGGCGCAAACAGACGGAAUGGCCACCGAAUUUACUCAGGAUUCGGUGCUGUACUUUCUCCAGUGCAGCGGUGGGAGAGUGAAGAACUCCGAAUUGUUGGCGCACUUCAGAGCGUUUAUAAAGGACCACGAGAACCAGACACACAACCGGGAACUGUUUAAAAAGUUUGUUAACUCCGUGGCUGCGGUGAAACUGGAGGAGGGAGUUUCACACGUUGUAUUGAGGAAGACAUUUCUGGGGCAUGUUGCUGGAGGAGACAUCCCCGCCGGACAACAACCUGCGCCACAAGCGAGACCGAGAGAGAGAGACCGCUCGCCGAGAGAUCCGGUAAACAGAAACCAGGAGAGAGGUCAGAAGGGAUUGAUCGAGACGCACUUGCACGUCACACAGAAAUUCCGCGUUCCACCUGGCAACACAAUCCAACUCACAGAAAAUAUAUUGGCCUCGGGUGAAAUUGUAAACAACAAUGUGGAAAGUACAAUCAACUUCGAAAAGCCUAUCCAAAGCUUCUCGGCAUAUGUGCCAGACCAUGUGCCACCUUCGGCAUCCAACAACAGAGAAGCACCAUUCCUCCCAUCUUACAAUGCAGCAAUGUCAAAGGGGUCAGAAGAUGGGAGUGGUCAGAGCUUAGAAGCAGAAUGGGAUAAAGAACCCGUGAUUCUCACUCUUUCAGUCCCAGAACUGAAUCACACAGGCGGUUACACACUUGGCAAGCGGUCAAUAGAACCAAAGAGGAAGAGGUCCUAUCCGCCCCCUGAGUUCCUAUACACAGAGGUGAAACCUCCGGCACCUCAGCCUCACCUAGCACAGGUGCAACAGAAUACAGCACAGACACAGAGGAAGACAUAUACAGCAUGGCCACUGCUCACCACUCUAGACCAUGCCAGCUCCUCUCCUUGUAUAGCUGAUGGUCACAGUCCUCCUGCUGCUUCUCCAAGCGUUCCCCUUCCCCCUGACCCCCAGGUGACGAGGAGCAACGGCAACCUGGACGGCAGCCUCCACAUCCCACAGCAGCCCAGAACAAAACAAGAUGGACUUGCAGCAGCUCCACUGCACAUUACACCUGCCCCUCAGCUGAUGCGGAGCGAUGGCGGCCUCCGCCGUAGGAUCCCACAGCAGCCCAGACCAGUCCCUGACCCAGUCCCUAUCCCUGACGUUCACACCCAGUAUCCAGAGGAGAGUGGAGCUGCUGUCCCCCAGUCCAGGGUCAAGCCCCAGCCUCCCCAAUGCAGCCUACCCCUGGACUCAGCCCACCAGUACCACACUCCCACCGCAGCUAACGGUGGGUCUUCUGGUUACCCAGAGCAUUACCACCACCAGGCCAGCUCCGGCCUCUCCUCCCGUCACAGCAGCCUCCUCCUUUCCCCGUCACUGGACUCCGGGGAUGAGUGGCCCAAGGGUUCCCUUAGAGAUGAGUUGGUCAGCUAUGAAGCCCUCAACUACCAGGUUCUGUCGGGUGAGCAGCAGGGGGUCAGACUGCUCUCCCAGAUACCCGGCGCUGAGAAGCGAGCCCCCUGCCCUCACUAUAUUUCCACCGGUUACCUUGACAAUGACGAGACGGACAGAGCAUCGUCAUGGCGACAUUCCACAGGUUAUCUCCAUGACGAUGACGGGUCAGAGUCCAACGAAUCCAUCUCUCUUCCUGGUUCGGCCCCCGAGCCCUUUAUCCGACCCACUGUCCAGCGAAUCGGCAGCCGGCCCCGCGGCCGCAUGUGUCGCAGUCUCGGAGCCGACCUGGACCAACUGUUUCCGGAGGACGGCGUCUCGGCACGGCACAACCGCCUCCACCUCCUCUCCUCCAACCUCAGCAUCAGCCACUCCUUCUCCACCCCCACCUCACGCACACCCAGCUACAGAGACCUGAGGGGGGAGACGCGAUCCGGGGCCUCCAGUAACAAGAGCCUAAACAGCGGCCAUGACAGCUCCUACUUCCACCGGCACAACCUUGUCCCCCUGGAGCCUAAGGAGCAUGACUGGCUGGUGAAGGGCGCCGCUGGAACCUGGGCCGACAUUUACACCCUGUUCAGAGAUGAACCCAGCCUCCUCACCAAGAGAGACUUCAUCACUGGUUACACCAUCCUGCACUGGAUCGCUAAACAUGGAGACCACCGGGUCCUCAACACACUCUGGUACGGAGUCAACAAAGCCGGGUUUAAACUGGACGUGGAUGCGACGACCACCUGUGGCUACACGCCUCUUCACCUGGCCGCCAUCCAUGGGAACAACAAGAUGAUCCGGCUUCUGGUUCAUAAGUUCAGGGCCAACGUGGCCCUCAGGGACACUAGUGGUAAGAAGGCCUGGCAGUAUCUGGGCCAGACUGGCCCCAGGGACCUCCUAGAGAUGCUGGGGGCCCCUCACUGCUGGACCUCCACCGGGGGUAGCUCCACACCCCAGUCCUCAGGAGAGAGACCCCCAGGGCCAGCGACGUCCUCGGGCUCAGCCGCGGUGAAGAGGUCCACGUCUAUAGCAGCGUUCCUGAAUAAGACUCUAAUGAAGUUCCCAGGACGGGAAGGUUCGCAGUCACCCGACUCCUUUCUGUGAGAAUAGUGUGGCGUUUAGGGUGUCUGUCCCGCUCUGACCAUCCUUAUAAUAGCUCAAGCCUCUUACUAACUAGGUUGUGUGGGGGGCUUGACAACUUUGAUUUGCCACUUAAACUCGGAUUUGCUUUCUUUGUUAAUUCCAAAUGUUAAUCCAUUCAUUUUUUAAAGCGAAUACCAAAUAAUUAAUUAAGAGGGUAGGGAUUGAGCUGUCUAAAUUAACUAAUUAUGAAUGGAUAUGACAGACAUGGAGUUAACUAACUGUAUCACUUGUGAAAACAAAAGCAAUAGAAUCCGUUGUGAGUUCGGCGUUAUAAAGAGAUUGGAUUAUAUUAUGAUAUUUCAGUAUAGUUGCUUUGCAAUUAUAUGUAUUGUGGUGAGAAGCUUUUGUUUGUUUGCUACUGAGGAAAUGGCUUCCAUUCUAGUGUUUGUUUUUGAAUUACCAGAGAAGAACCUUUUCAAAAUGCCUUCUCUCCAACGAAAGUGUAUUGCCAGUUAAGUGCUUCAGCAGUUUCAGGUUUCAAGUGGUUACCUGACAUUGGAAUGUGGUGGUGAGUAAUGUUGUUUUGUUUGUUCAAAGGCCUGUCAGAGUAGCAAUGUAAAUUAUAUCAUCUGAGCUGACUGGACUAAAGGAAAGGAAUCCCUCCCUUGCACCAGGUUGAAUAUUUGGAUAAGAGCGUCUGCUAAAUGACUUAAAUGUAAAUGAAUAUAAUGCACAUUGUUCACUAGUUUAAGUCCCCAAAGGUUGUGUGGUUUUAUAAGGUUCAUUCACCAUUUUGCUUUAUUAUUUUGACUUGUUAAUAUCGACACCCAAAAAGUUGACUCACAUAAACUGUUCUCUCUCCAUGUGCACUCAUGUUUCCAGAUGCAUCAUGCCCUGAAGUACUAAAACAACCCAAACUGGUAUUCAUUUGUCACUCUAAAGCCAUUUCCUUAAAGACCCAGUGCAGUCAAAAUUCUGUUUUUCCUUUGUUUUGUAUACUAUUGUACAACAGCUGACGACACUAACACUGUAAAAUUUAUUUUUUAUUUUUUAUCAGUGUUAUUUCCUGAUAGUUGCUGGUUGAAAAUGCAAUACUCCCAGGAUCUUCUAAUCAGCAGGUCUGCAUGGGGCGGGAGUUUCGGCUUUCCAUGGUGACAUCACCAUGUUUUAAAUUGGUUAAUAGACCAAUAACAAGAGUUC